AGAAGAGGUUAGGUUGUAUACGCGAGGAAGAUAACAGCGCGGAGGAGCCAUGGCCGACCACCUGGUGGACGGCCCACCGCCGAACAAGCGGCCGAAGCUCGAUCCGUAUCCAGGGCCUUCGGAUUCGACGGUGGGUAUGGCGCCUUUAAUGAUGCACCAUGCUUAUACGAACUACGGGGGAGGUGGCAGUGGUAACAUGCAACAAAUGCAGGGUCCGCCGCAGCAGCUACAUCUGCAACAGCAUCAGCUGCAGCAACAUUGGAACAACCAUACCGUCCAGAAACGAAAUUACAUUACGAACACAGAUAUGUUUGAUCUUGAGAAUGAUCUUCCCGAUGAUUUGCUGUCGUCUGGCUCUUGGGGUUCUGCGACCGAGAGCACCAAACCGCCGGCAACUGGCCCCGGUCCAGGGCAACAGAAUGGUGCUCUCGACACAGAGCUUCGGCAACAUGUCCAGCAGCAACAACAACUCUCUCAUCAUCUCAUUCAGCAGCAGGGCAACAAGAAUUUAGUGGCGAAUUCCUUGGUAAUGGCUGCCGGCACGUUAGGCAGUAAGAGUCCAAACAUGCAGUCACCACCAAACGUUUCCGUCUCCAAGGGAGUAGUCGAUCCGCAGAUGGUCGUGAGUCUCGGUAAUCUGCCCAGUAGCAUAGCCAGUUCAUUGGCGAACAAUCAAAUGUCUAUCGCGAACUCGAUGGGAGGAAUGCAGUCGUCCAUGAGUAUGGCCGGAAGUAACCCCGCGAUGUCCAUGCCGGGUGGCAUGAGUUCUGGUUUAGUGAUGACUAGUACUGCUAGCGGGAACAACAAUAUGGGCGGGAUGGCCGGAGGAAGCUUAAUAGUGACUAACAGUCUGAACAAACAACCUUUAAAUACAGUAACCAUGAUGGGGCCCAAUACUCAAGCGAUACACCAUCCUAGCGGACCCCAUGGUGUCACGCAGAUGCAAAACGGUCCCGGGAUGAUGAAUACGAGAACGGUGGCGAUGCAGCAGCAACAGCAGACGCACAUGGUCGGCCCGGCGAGAGGACAGAGUCCUCAUCAAGUGCAUCAAGUUGGCAUGGUUGGCCCCGGUCAAGGGGGCCCUAGGAUGCAAGCUCCACCUAACAUGGCAAAUAUGCCGAACAUGGGGCAGAUAGGUGCAUCGACUCCUUAUGGUUACGGCGUCAAGCCGCAACAGAAGGGUGUCGGAACGAAUAUGUCGGCCAUGCAAGCGGCAGCGGCGGCAGCAGCCGCUAACAGGUUCACUGGAACUGCUGGCCCGAUCGGUACUACGAACGUUGUUGGUGCUCAGGAAGGUGGAACGGUACAGGCACAACAGCCACAACCACCCGCGCCAGGUCCCGCACAACCUCAGACGGGAGCACCGACCGGAGGGCAGCCAGGUCCGCAGCAACCUACUCAGGGCCAGAUGGCUGGCACUGUAGUUCCGACUGGUGCUACAAAAUCUACUCCUGACCCAGAGAAAUGUAGGCUUAUUCAGCAACAGUUGGAAUUACUACUGCAUGCGCAUAGGUGUCAGCGCCGUGAGACCAUGGCGAAUGGCGAAACGAGACCGUGUAACCUGCCGAACUGCAAAACAAUGCGGAAUGUUCUGAACCACAUGACAAACUGCCAAGUCGGCAAGACAUGUACGGUGCCACACUGUAGCAUGUCGAGGCAGAUCAUUAGCCAUUGGAAACAUUGUAAUCGAAACGAUUGCCCGGUCUGCCUGCCGAUAAAAACAGCGUACUCCAAACAGCGCUCCGCGCAAGCUCCCCCUACAGCAAUUCAAUCAAUUCAACCAAAUAAUCAACAAAAUCCAAGUCCAUCAGAGAUGAGAAGAGCUUACGAUGCUUUAGGGAUUGUGUGUCCGACGACGACAUCUGGGCUUUUGUCUGGUCAAGGCGUUGGCAGAAGUGUUAGGAUGCCAACACCGGGCAUGGCAGGUCCCCCAGGUGCAAUGGGCAAUGCUAGAGCAGCUCAACCUCAAACUCAGACUGUGCCAGGACAGGCAGUUGUUGGUGCUGGACAACAAGUAGUCGCUCCGAACGUAUCUCUUCCUUUAAAUUCUGAUCCUAGUACGGUCGGCGUGGCCGGGAAUCAGACGGCGCCAACGACUGGACCCAUAUCAGCCACGGCGGGGACCGCUGGCAACAUACAACAGACAGCCGUCAGCAUGCAAACGCUCUUCGGGAUAAGCGAGUCUGGACAACCAGGCGCGCUAAGUGGAGAGAAUGCCAGAUUAGCUAAUUUGCAACUUACAGGUAGUCUACAGGCGGGUCAAGUGACAGCAGCGCCGGUGCAAGGAACAAAGGAGUGGCAUUUGUCCGUUACUCCAGAUCUCAGGAACCAUCUUGUUCAUAAAUUGGUUCAAGCAAUAUUCCCUACUCCCGACCCGCAAACAAUGCUCGACAAAAGGAUGCACAAUUUGGUAGCGUACGCAAGGAAAGUAGAGGGUGAUAUGUAUGAAAUGGCUAACUCGCGAUCUGAAUAUUAUCAUUUAUUGGCGGAAAAGAUCUACAAGAUUCAAAAGGAGCUUGAUGAAAAACGGCAAAAACGGAAGGAACAACAACAGCAGUUAGCGCAACAACAGCAGCAACAACAACCACCACCGGCGAGUACGUCUGGUCCCGGAUUAAGGCCAUGCGCACCGCAUAGUGUCGGGGCUGUCAUACCAGGUGCGUCGAAACCCAUUGCAACGAUACCACCUUCCCUGCGAAGUCAUUCACCGAACGUGGGUCAACUCGGACCGAUACCCGCCAUGCCUAUCCCACAACAGCAGCAGCAACACAAUAGAAUGCAGUUUCCUCAGCAGCAACAAGCUCAACAACAGGCGCAACAGCAGCAGCAACAGGUUCAAGCCCAGCAGCAGCAGCAGCAGCAAGUUCAGGCUCAGCAGCAGAUACAACAACAGCAACAAGGAAUUCUGGUUGGUCCACCAGGCCCUAGUCCGAACGGACAAUCCACAUCCAAUACUAACAUGGUUCCAAAUACCGGUCUGAGCCCGUUCGGGCAACCUCAACAAAUGUCCCAAGCUAACCUGACGACCACUCCCGCAUCUAACAACGCGACAACUAGUCAAUUCCCGACGUCCAACGGUACGGCUUCCGGCUUGCCCAAUAGCUCUCCGCUUCAGAAUCAGCAUCAGUUUCCCGAUCUCAUGAAAGUCAGAUUGGCGCAAGUCCAAGUCCAGGCGCAACAGCAGCAGCAGCAACAACAACAGGCGCAGCAACAACAGCAGCAGCAGAGUCAGCAACCGCCGCAACCGGCUAGCACUCCGAGUCAGGUUAGCACGCCGGCGACGUCAAUUCCGCAGACUCCGUCGCCGUUCAGCAGCAUGCAACAACAGAGCGCACAGCAGCAGCAGCCACCGAGUCAACAACAGUUUCCUGCCCGACCGUUAUCGGCCUCCACGCCUAGCGAUAACGGCAUCGCCACGUCCACGCCGCAGACCAUACCGCCGCCCGCGUCCAGCGGACCUAGCCCAACAGGUGGGCCCGCGACGACGGCCGGGACAACUAACGGGCCGCAGUCAACUUCCACGCCGAAUACACCGCUCGUACCGUCACUGAUGACGCCAAAUCAGACAGUGUCAUCUGCCAAUCAAACGCCGCCCCAUCCGAGCACAACCCCGUCCCCAGCCGGCCUCGCCAGUCUCGGUAAAGGCAUGACCUCGCAGGAACGUGCAGCGUUAAACGCACCGCGCAACACGUCCAUGUCCUCGCAGAUGGCCGCGAUCACGGCGGCGCUGGAUCGCGAUAACUCGCCGAGUCCGCCGAUGAAGAGCAGCAAGGGUAAAUUGGACUCGAUCAAGGAAGAGAACAUUAAGAUGGAAAUCAAGCAAGAGCCGGAGGAUCGGAUGGAUGGCGGCAAGGGCAACGAUAUUACCAUCAAGACUGAACCGAAGACGGAGCCGAUGGAGGAGUGCUCGAAUGAAGCGACUAUAAAAGAGGAGCCUACCAGUAUCAAAGAGGAGAGCAUGACGCCCGUGUCACAAGAUACGACCGUGUCCGAUAUCAAACCGAUGGUGCCGGAGCCGAUACAGCCAAGCGGUACGUCCACCGAUAAGAAAAAGUGCUUGUUUAAGCCGGACGAGCUGCGCCAGGCUUUGAUGCCGACGUUGGAAAAGUUAUAUCGGCAAGAUCCAGAGUCUAUACCGUUUCGACAGCCUGUCGAUCCACAGGCGCUUGGUAUACCGGAUUAUCCGACUAUCGUGAAGAAGCCAAUGGAUCUUUCGACCAUUAAAAAGAAGCUGGACACAGAGAAGUACAGUGAUCCUUGGGAGUACGUCGAUGACGUGUGGAUGAUGUUCGACAAUGCUUGGCUCUACAAUCGCAAGACUUCCCGGGUUUACAGAUAUUGCACCAAGCUCUCGGAAGUGUUCGAACAAGAGAUCGAUCCGGUGAUGCAGGCCCUUGGAUAUUGCUGCGGCAGAAAGUACACGUUCAAUCCACAGGUGCUCUGCUGCUACGGCAAGCAGCUUUGUACGAUACCCAGAGAUGCGAAAUAUUAUUCCUACCAGAAUAGCUAUCUAAAGGGACUUGGUCUUCUUUCCGACAGAUACACCUUCUGUCAAAAAUGUUUCAACGACAUUCCUGGUGACACAGUGACGUUAGGAGACGAUCCGACACAACCACAAACUGCCAUCAAAAAGGAACAGUUCCAAGAGAUGAAAAACGACCACUUGGAAUUGGAACCGUUUGUAACUUGCACGGACUGCGGUAGGAGGGUACACCAAAUCUGCGUGCUUCACAUGGAAGCAAUUUGGCCAUUAGGAUUUACCUGUGAUAAUUGCUUAAAGAAGAAGGGACAGAAGCGCAAGGAGAAUAAAUUUAACGCGAAACGGUUGCCCGUGACGAAACUCGGCACGUACAUCGAGACCCGGGUGAACAACUUCCUGAAGAAGAAGGAGGCGGGCGCUGGCGAAGUCGCGAUUCGGGUAGUCGCGUCCAGCGACAAGAUAGUCGAGGUGAAACCCGGCAUGCGGAGUAGAUUUGUCGAAAACGGCGAUAUGCCUGGCGAGUUUCCCUAUCGCGCAAAAGCGUUGUUCGCGUUCGAGGAAGUCGACGGUACGGACGUCUGUUUUUUCGGUAUGCACGUGCAAGAAUACGGGAGCGAGUGCACGCCGCCGAACACCAGGAGGGUCUACAUCGCGUACUUGGAUUCCGUACAUUUCUUCCGGCCUAAACAGUUUCGCACGGCUGUGUACCACGAAAUCCUUCUCGGAUACUUGGACUACGCGAAGCAACUUGGAUACACUAUGGCCCAUAUUUGGGCGUGUCCACCCUCCGAAGGGGACGACUACAUCUUCCACUGCCAUCCCGCAGAACAAAAGAUACCAAAGCCUAAAAGAUUGCAAGAAUGGUAUAAGAAGAUGCUAGACAAGGGCAUGGUCGAGAGAAUCGUGCUCGACUACAAGGACAUCUUGAAGCAAGCCAUGGAGGACAGGCUUUCGUCCGCAGCGGAUUUGCCGUAUUUUGAGGGUGAUUACUGGCCGAACGUACUGGAAGAAAGUAUCAAGGAAUUGGAUCAAGAGGAAGAAGAGAAACGGAAACAAGCUGAAGCAGCAGAGGCCGCCGCCGCGGCGGAGGCAGCUGCUGCGGCAGCAAAUGCGACGUAUUCGCUUUCCGAAGAUUCGGAAACACCAGAUGGUAAGAAAAAGGGCCAGAAGAAAGCGAAGAAAUCCAACAAGUCCAAAGCGAAUCAGAGGAAGAACAGCAAGAAAUCGAACACGCCCCAAACUGGCAACGAUCUCUCCACGAAGAUCUUUACAACGAUGGGAAAGCACAAGGAGGUGUUCUUCGUCAUCAGGUUGCACAGCGCUCAAAGUGCAGCCAGUUUAGCGCCGAUCCAAGAUCCCGAUCCCGUCAUUCAUUGCGAUUUGAUGGACGGUCGUGACGCUUUUCUCACGAUGGCGAGGGAGAGGCAUUACGAGUUUUCAUCUCUGAGACGGGCGAAGUUCAGUUCUAUGUGCAUGCUGUACGAGCUGCACAAUCAAGGCCAGGAUAAAUUCGUUUACACUUGCAAUAACUGCAAGAGCCAUGUGGAGACCAGAUACCAUUGUACAGUUUGUGACGAUUUCGAUUUAUGCGUAAGUUGUAAAGAUAAAGAUGGUCAUCCGCAUCCCAUGGAGAAACUUGGCUUUGAUCUGGACGAUGGAUCAUCUCCGGCUGAUGCCAAACAAACAAAUCCUCAGGAAGCUCGCAAACUGUCGAUACAGAGAUGCAUACAGUCACUGGUGCACGCUUGCCAGUGCAGAGAUGCUAACUGCCGGCUGCCAAGUUGUCAGAAGAUGAAGCGAGUUGUAAUGCAUACGAAGAAUUGCAAGAGAAAGACGAACGGUGGAUGUCCGAUAUGUAAGCAGUUGAUUGCACUGUGCUGCUAUCACGCGAAACACUGCCAAGAGACCAAAUGUCUAGUUCCAUUCUGUUCGAACAUCAAACACAAGAUAAAACAGCAACAGUUACAGCAACGACUGCAACAAGCACAACUACUCAGGAGGCGAAUGGCUGUGAUGAAUACGAGACCGACUGGGCCUGUAGCCACCAUGCAGCCUGGUCAGCAGACCUCGAAUGUAGCAAUGGCGACGGGGGUAACGAUGAAACCUGGUGUCAGCACGUCAAACUUACCAUCACCGCAUCAACCUGGCAUUGGAUUGAAACCUGGUACGCAAACACCACCUGCCCACGUGCUACAGGUAGUUAAACAGGUGCAGGAAGAAGCCGCGCGGCAGCAAGCACCACACGUUGGCUACGGCAAGGUGACACCAGGUUCCGGGGUUGGUGUAGGCGUGGGCGUGGGCGUGGGCGUGGGCGGUCAAGCGGGCGGUGUGAUGCCGCCGCCGCAAAUGCAGCGACCGUUACCAGUUCAGAUGCCGAAUACGGGCGGCGCUCAUCUCAUCCCGAUGGAGCAGUGGACGACGAGUAGGUACCAGCCGAACGCAGUGAUGCAGCAGAAUCCCGGUCUGGCGCGACAACAGACGCCGCAACUGGUGCAACAGCAACAGCAGCAUCAAGCUCAACCAGGAAUGGGCAUGAGCGCACAAAUCCCGCGGCAACAGGGCGUCAUCGGGCCGAUCGGUCAGGUCGGUCUGCAGGCGGGCAUGAACAAGCACGCUUUACAGCAGCUGAUGCAGACCCUCAAGAGCCCAACGUCGGCCGAACAGCAGAAUCAAAUACUUCAAAUACUCAAGAGUAAUCCGCCGUUGAUGGCCGCCUUUAUCAAGCAACGGGCACUUGUCCAUCAGCAACAACCUGGUCAACAUGGUGGAGGAGUCGGCGGUCCAUUGGGUCCUAAUCAACCUCAACAUCAACAACAACCUAGUUUGCAGCAUAUGAUGUCCCAACAGCAGCAGCCUCAGCAGCAGCAACAGCAACCACAGCAGCAGCAGCAGCAGCAGCAGCAAGGCAGACUCCAGAUACAGGCGAUGCUGACGCAGCAGGCGCAACAACAGCAACCGCAGCAGCAGCCGCAGUGGUACAAGCAGCAAAUGUUGGUAAUGCAGCAGAGGCAGGUGGUCCAACAGCAGCAGCAGCAGCAGCAACAACAACAGCAGCAACAACAGCAGCAGCAACAACAGCAGCAGCAACAACAGCAGCAGCAGCAGCAGCCGUUCACCCAACCGCCGGCACCUCCGUACGGUCAACAACGACCCAUACGACCGUCGCUUCUCGGUAAUCAUACGAUUCCUCGUAGUUACUUAGAGAGCAACGAGGUACGUGGCUUCUUGGCUCGAGUCCCAGGCUUAAACAAUUUGGUCCCAGGUUACGGCGGUUUCAACGAGCAAGGCUACGGUCAGCCGGGUCUGAAACCCACACCACCACCUGUGCCCUCGCCGCAGGGCGUCAUGGGCCCUCCCGGGAUCUCCGUGCAGCAGCAGCUGAUGCAAUCGGUCCGCUCGCCACCACCGAUUCGUUCUCCUCAGCCGAAUCCGUCGCCGCGACCGGUCCCGUCGCCGCGUAAUCAACCGGUACCAUCGCCGCGAUCGGGCCCGGUGCCGUCGCCGCAUCAUCAUCCUCCCCACGGCACGCCCACGCAUUCACCGGCUCAUGAGCUCGGCGGCGGUCCCAGUGAAAUGAUGCUCUCGCAGCUGAGCGGCGGCGCCGGCGCACCAACCGGCCAUCCCGCCGCUAUGCCCCAUCAUCCCUCGCCGGCGCCAGCGCCCACGAAUGGUGGCGCGGAUGCCAACGAGGUGACACCAAUGACGCCGCAGGACCAACUCUCCAAAUUCGUCGAGGGCUUGUAGUGACUGUUACGAACGAUUACGACAUCGCUCGAUGAUUAUGUAAGUGAAAACGUUUGCCGAAGAGAUGUCGAUGACGACGACGACGGCAACGACGGCGGCACUCGGACGACCGCGAUCAUCCGUGUCGCGUGAUCAUGAAAAGAAAUUGCGGAUAUGUUCGCGGGACGAUGAGGUCGCUUAGGUAAUUCAAUUCCGAGGCUCUCUCACGCGCGCGCGCUCGCGCGACACAUACACAUACACCUGUGAAUAGAGACUGAAUGCGAAAGAGAGAAAGAGAGAGAGAGAGUGUUCGACGCGUGAUGUUUCAUCGACUUCUCAUUGAGCGAUUGGGCCACGCUUGGGGACCGACGGAGGGGACUUCCCGAUUUCAUGACCUCUCACGUUGUGAGCAACGAUUCGGCUCGCGCGUGUGCGUUUCCUUUCGACUUUCCACGCUAUAUGUGAGAUGCCGAGAGAAGAGUAACAGAAAUGUGAUGUUGGUGCUGCUUUUUUAAUGUUACUCGGCCUGGCUCAAAUAGACUCGAGAUUACAAGUGAUUUCGUCCUUCGGUUGAAGAUAACGAGAAAGGGAGGAGGAAGGAUCGAAUGACGAAGAGGAAUCUAAAGUAAAACUACCGAGAAACUGUUACGUAUUCCCCCGUACCCUCCAGAGGCCCCCUUUGCCCCUCCUUCCGACAACACUACCCUUCCUCGCUGCUGGUCGGGCAGGCUGAGUGAAAUCGUACAAAUAUAUUGUGUAUACUUAACAAUAAUUAGUAAUUAAUAGUUCAAAUACUAUUAGCUUGUAAUUAGUAUAAUAAUUAUAUGCAAUGAUUAUAUAUCGAUAUAUAUAUAUAUAAAAAAGUAUAUAUAUAUUAAUUUACACCAUGUAAUCAAGAUGCGAAUUAUGUGGUAAAAACUGUAUGAAAGAUGAAAUUAAGAUAUAGAGUAUGGAGAAUCCAGUAGCACUGUAUGCAUGUGUGAGACGGAGCGAGCAUGUGAAAAUUGUAUGUUAAACAAUAUGUUCGUUUAAGAAAAGGAUUUGUUAUUGAAAGGAUAUUCCCUAAGCGCCGCCGCCGAGUAGGUUGUAUCUUAGACGUCAUGAGAUUUAUCGCGAAUGACUCCACAUUCGAGUGCUGGCUGAGUCGUUUAUAGCUUGACGAACUGCAAUCCGCAUGAUGGGACGCGACCGCAGCAUGUGAAAAUCGCAACCCUGCCGAGUGGAGCGUCCACACGAUGAAUUUUAUUAACAUUCACUUCAACCAAAAAAUAGAAAUUCGUAACGGACUCGCUAGUACGUGCGCGGAAAGAUUUAUAUAAAAGGAAAAAAAAAACGUGUUGAUUUUGAGAAUGAGAUGAGGAAAGAAGGAGCGCGAAAAAGGAACGAAACUUUCCAGUUUGAGGGUCCACAACGUGUGUACAGUUCAAUCAAAAUGUAGUUAUGAGAAUGCGUAUUCGAUACUGGGCCCUCGCGCGAAAAGAAAAAUCCGACUUUGUAAAUACUAUAUUAUUAUUAUUAUUAUUAUUAUAUUAUAUUAUUAUAUUAUUAUUAUUAUUAUUAUAUAAUAAUGAUGACGAUUAUUGAUUUAUCUCUGCCCACUAUCGGAUAAUUAUUAAUAUUAUAAUAUAUUAUUAUAUUAUUAUUCUAUUGCUACGAUCAAUUCAUACAUAGAUAUAUUGUAAUAUUUGCAAAACGAGAAAUUCACACGCGUUAUUACUACACACGGGUUAGCAAGUUGGCCCGCGUACAAAAAUACACACCGUACCACAUUACGUGAUUAUGCCAGUGUUGUAUCAUAGUAAAAGCUCUGUGUAAUUUUCUCCUAUCCCCGUCCGUUCACCUAUCCGCCUAUCCAUCCCGCCGUUCCUGUCCCCCCAUCUUCUUCGCCACCUAUUUAAGAUGAUCUAGCGAUAACGUGGAAUGCGUGAGCAUGUUGUGUUUCAAAAGAUCCGUGGCGUCGGAUAUUUUUGAAGUGCGUAACUUUGUAUGAUGAUGUAGCUAUCGUGUAUAAAAUUAAGUAACGACAGUAACGACUAAAGAAUUAACUGCGGUAAUCGCGGAAGAGGAAGGAAAGAUUGGAACCAUGUGAAUUGUGUACUAGCGUGCAGAGUAUGUAAGCGACGUGAUAAGAGAGAGAGAAAGAAAGCGAGAGUGAGAGAGAGAGAGAGAGAAAACGUAUCGUAUCGUGAAAGACGAUUGCGCUUCCGAUUUUCGAAAUACGAGUGCUACCGCAUCUUCAAGCGAGGAUCAUGAAUAAAAGAAACGUCACAUCUUCAAUGGUGUAAUCUAGCUACAAACAAUACACACACACAUACCACACCUACAUCUACACACACACACACACACGCACAUUUUAACGAAUGUACACGCGUAUGUUACACUUUACAUUACAUCGUGUGAUAGACAACGAUGCGCUACGAAUUCUCGUUUGAACUCUCAGCAGCACGCGCUCUUUUCCGUCACGUUUCUCGUUGAAUCAUCAUCGCAGAGAUCAAUCGGAUGUCAAAGAAAAGAAAGAAAGAAGGACAAAAUUGCGAUAAUCGGACGGCAGAGCUCGAUUAAGGUCAGCGGUCGGCCUUGAUCGAGUGGACCAAAUCUUCGGGUAAAUUGAUAGGCGCGCGAUCGGAUGCUUCAGAGGGAUGGUCAGCGUCGCGACGCUUCUACUGACUUCUACUGAUUCGAGGGAGAUCGCACGUUACAAUCAUCCGCGAUCCAAGUUCUGUUCUUCGAGCGCGCGAAAUCUCGAUGAGCCGAUACAAAAAUUCGAGAUGCCCCAGAGAGACACGUACAUUCCUUCUCUUAAAUUGCUUCACGAAGAGGAAGAACGCGCGUUACUUCUUCCGUUUUUCCCGCGAAACACCGAUUUUUCCACCCAUCUUUCCCUCGCAAAUUGAUAAUACGCCUAGUUGACGCGCUGCUCGGACUGCUAGCUAGAAUCCUCGAAGAAGAUCGAACAGGAUCGUGGAGGCAUCCCAUAAACGCGGUUUUCUUUUUUUAUUUCUUUUUUACUUCUCUUUUCUUUAUCUGCCUUUAAUUAUCCAGUAGCGAGAAACGAAUGAAAACUGCGUUAGGAAGAGGGAGAGACGGACGGAAAUCACAACGGCAACUCGCGAUAAACGCGAUCGUAGAUCCGAACAAGCGAUUCUACUGGCAAACGAGAGACGUAAACGACAAAAGAAAAGAAACCCAAAAGUAUUUGGCUUAGUAUGGCUGUGUUUCUAGGGCAGUGUUGUAAAUCUGAAAGUGGUGUACCUUUGUGGUGGUAGCGAGAUUCUUUAAGGACUUGUGGACGUUCGAACGCAACGCGCGCCAACGCUCAUGCCCGCUCGAUUAUCGCUCGAUCGUCGUCGAGAAAUCAGAAGAAAAGAGGAAGAAGAGACCCGCGGAUCAAUCAUAGAAAAAACGCGAUCACGAAUUGUUUCAAUUUUUCCCCCCUCAACGACGACGCUCGAAGUCGUCAUCGCCAUGGUCGCCUCUGCGAUCCCGGAAGUGAGCAGGGGUGAACAAGGAGGUGGAGGCUGCGAAGGUCGGCCACGCGAUCGAUCGACAAUAUACCAACCAAUGGUGCUUGGCAACCGGCGACAUCGUGGAGGUGUUGUUCCCUUCUUUUUCGAACGGCUGCUCGAACAUCACGGACACGCGAUGCCGCGAAAGGGGCGCGAUGGUGCGCGUGGCAUUCGUAACAAGAUUUACUAUUGUAAGAGAGCGAGCGUGCGAGUGCGUACGAACGAACAAACGAACGAGUGUGCAAGAGAAAGAGGCAUAUGAUAUACGCAACGUUAUACAUAUAUGUAUAUGACAUGAUCCUUUUUUUCUGUUUUUUUAUAUAUUUAUCGAGCGUACUCGAGAGAAAGAGAGAGCGAGAGAGAGAGAGAGAAAGAAUAUACAUAUAUAUAUAGAGAGAGAGAGAGAUCGCGGGCGUGACAGAUACUCGCGCGCACGCGAUGAUGAAGAUGAACACUAUGAAUGAAUGAGUGAAGUUAAUUGAUUAUCCGACUUAGACGAUAACUGCAGACAAAAAAGCUACUGGGAUAACGAUAAUUAUUAUUACGACAUUAUUAUUGAAAUACCGAAUAUACAUAGAGUACUACUUUUUAUUAUGACUUUUCGUAAAUAGUGAAUUAAUUAUCUAAUUAAAGAUUAAUGAGACGCA